AUGCUGCGAGAUAUCUGGGGGCUGCGUGCUGCGCGGCCUUCUCAAAGCCACCGGCUGCGAGAUAUCUGUGGUGGGGUGCCUGCGCACGCGUCUGAUCACUCCGGCCAAGCACGUGCAUUUUCUGGCGAGGCUUGCAAUCUCCCCGUUCGCCAUGAAAACUGCCAGCUGAAUCUACUAUUUACGCUGGCCCGCUGCCACGUAGUCUCUGGGAUGCUGCGCGAUAUAGAGAGCAAUACCUCCAUCGAAGAGCAUAAGGUUGAUGAAGUAAAGGAUAAUACUCUGAAACGAUACCAGUACAGAACGGCCAUAUGCUUGUUAUUCUGCUACGUCUGCCAUGUUGCUUUCUGUAACUGCGUUUUAGCCAGGUCCUUGCAACUACCCCAAGAUAAAGAUUCGGAGGAGCUCCUUGACAAACUCAAUGGUUAUGCAAUCUUCAGUUGCCAUGCUGUUGGGUUAAUCACACUGACCAGAGAGCCGGCUGAGCGCUUGAUGAAUAGAUGGAAGUUGACGGCUUUGGCACUAUGUUCAAUAUACCUGGUAAUAUUUGAUCCAGAGUUACUGUUUGUCAGUGGCUGGUUAUUAAACUUUUUUCCAUCAGUUAAGUCCUGGUCUCUGGGUAAUAUUGCAGAAUAUACUACUUGGGAGGCCUGUGCUAUGUGCCUGGUCGUGGCCUGGGUUUCGGUACCUGCAAUCUUCAAACUGGCAUUCAAACGUGUGCCGCAUAAAGAGAAAGAGGCAGCAUCCUCUUUGGAGUGUUGUGAUCGUGUACCCGGCACGGAUGCUGAGUCACAGGACGAUCGUAUUUCUUUUUUAAAUGGGAAACUAGGCAAGGUGUUCAAUGUUGUCUUUCUAUUUGGCUUACUUCACCAGGUAUUUUUGGUUGUCAGGUCAUACCUGGACUUGGUUAAAAGUGAGAGUUUUGGCAAUUCUGUACUGUACAGUUGCGCACUUGUGGCAGUUUCAUUCCUUUAUUUGGUAGCAUUGCUUUCCACACUGUUCUGCACUUUUUACAUGUUGACCUCAAAGAAAAUAGAAGGGCCGUUCAUUUCUAUCUGUUUUCAUUUAUUCUGCAGCUAUAACUUUUUGUAUUACUGUCAAAGAUUUAUAAUUUCCACCGUCAGCCUUGUGGGCUGA